AGCAUUGUAGUUUUAAACUGUGAUUGUGUCUGUUGUGUCACACCACUUUCAGGAUUUUUCUGAUGGGGUUGUCACUCGCAGUUGGAUGUCCUGAUGUGACGCUGCAAUGCACUGAGAAUGCAAUUGGCUGAGGAGCUACUUCAUGGAUUUACCAGGAUGUUUAGGUCCUUAUGCAUGAGUUGUAUCUGAGUGCAAAGAUGCCUUUGAUUGUGGAGACGAGCUGCAGUCUGAUUGGCUGGCUCUUUCUGUAUGUGCUGCUGUGUCACUUGAACAGUGAAAGAGAUUGUGAGUGGAACUGCAGGCUGGUAACUCUGCUCCACGGCAUCCUGAUCGUCUGUGUGACUGCCUACAUUAGUUUCAUUGCUGGGCCAUGGCCUUUCACACACCCAGGCACUGAAAACACAUCUCUCCAGAUCCUGGCUCUUGUUCUCAGUUUAGGAUACUUCCUCUUUGACAUGGCUUGGUGUGUGUAUUUCCGCACUGAGGGUCCGGUGAUGCUGGCCCACCAUACUAUGAGCAUCCUCGGGAUAGUGCUGGCACUAGAGCUCGGCGAGUCGGGCAUCGAGACCUGCGCUGUCCUCUUCGGCAGCGAGAUCACCAACCCGCUCCUGCAGGCCCGCUGGUUCCUCAAGCGCAUGGGCCGCUAUGACAGUUUAGCCGGAGAUGUGGUGGACCUGCUCUUCAUUCUUCUGUUUGCCUCUGUGAGGAUUGGUGUUGGGAGUAGAAUGCUUUAUUGUGUAUUAGCUUCUCCGAAACCAUUGCUUAUAGUGAAAGUUGGUGGGGUGGCUAUUUACACUCUCUCCUGGAUCUUCAUGAUAGAUAUUGCACGUUUUGCCUGCAAGAAAACUCGUGUCAAAUACAGGCGAUGGAAGGAACAGUACAAGCUGGAUGAAGCUAAUGGACAUGCUGUUAAAGUGAAAUAGGCCUCUCUGUGCAUUAGGACUGGGAAAAGUGGCAUUUUUGCUGAUAUACAUAGCUCUAUGUAGCACUUUGUUAGUUUACAGGGUUCAUUUUUAAUAGAUAUAUACAGUAUAUAUAUAAAAUCUGCACAAAAGGUGAAACCUCUAAAACACAGUUAGAAAAAUAUAAAUUCAAUAUAGCUACUUCUAUCAUUUCUGACUUUCUUGAGUUUUAUUAAUUAGUCCACCAAUUAAAUUUCCACAUUUUUUCAAAGACUUAAGAUAUUAUUUAUUUCCACUACAUAUUAAGAUUUUAUUGACUUCCACAAAUUUAUCCAAAGCAAAUUAAGAUAUUAUUCA